UAUCAUUCAUAUCACUACAUAUUGGAUCUUUUUGGAUUCGUAUAAAUUAAAUUUUGUUCAACCUGUUUGACUUGUGUGAAUAGCAGCUGUUGACAUUGAACUUUCCAUGGAAACCAUAAAAAGUCCAUUUAAUUAAAAAUUUAUUUUAGAGAGGUGGUGUUUCGUGACAGUCGGUUAAAUUUUGAAAAGUAAUUUGUGCUUUUUUUCAUAUUAAAUCAUGGAAAAAGUUAUAUGUGGUGCACUGUUAUGAGUUAAUUAUAGUAACUUCGCAAAUAUGCACAAUUUUUAACACUUCAACGUUGAAAAAAGUUAUAGUUUUCAGUUCAGUCUAUCUCAAAAAUAUUAAAACCCAAUUACUAUCACACAUUGUUGUUAGUGACUAGCUAGUUAUAUAAAAUUGUUUAUUCUACGUACUACGAUGUAUUCUGCCUUAGAAUCAUGGAGUUCGUUCUGCAAGCAGCUCAUUCGACAAUGGACCGAGUAUUGCAGCAAUAUGUGCGGUCAGCCACGGAUUGUUUGUCGAUCGUAUGGAACAGUUAAAUCCGCACUGGAAGCUCGUCGGCAACAAAAGGAAGAUGAGAGCCGGGAACAGCGGGAUAUCCUUCGAGAAAUAAUUGCUGCCCGAGAGAUAGCGCAUCAUUGCCGGUCUAACAACUACGUAUACAAUCAGCUACGUGAGCUGGGAAAUUUGCGUUUCAGAACUGACCUUGAAAAGUUGUCCUUUGUUCAGAGGAUGUUUCUUGAGAACCGAUUUAUCUUCGAAGCGAUUGCCAAACACAUCCAUGUGACGCAACUGUUCACCGAAGUUCCCGUUUAUCCGGAACUGGAAUAUUUGAGUGGAAAAAAGAGUUCUGCGGAUUGGGAGAAUCUCAAUUACUUGGUGCAGUGCCUGUUGAAAAAUGAAUACGAAGGUAGGACUCGUAUUUAUACAGACGCUUCUAAGUCUGCAGAUGGCAGAUGCGGUAUAGGAGUCUAUGAUGAGACAAACGGGAUCGAAAUAAUGAUGCAGUUGCGCCUGGACACUAGUAUUAUGACGGCUGAAACGCUUGCAAUAAAGGUUGCAAUGCAGCACAUUGUUGAGCAAGGUAUCGAAAAUGCCGUACUGCUGACCGACAGCCAGGCGGCAUGUGUGUUUUUGAAGAAAAGUAGAAAGUCUCGAUUCAGAAAUACGGUGGCAAACGAAAUUUUGGAACGAGCUAAAAUUUCGAGGACCACCAUUCAGUGGAUUCCAAGCCACAUACAUAUUUUUGGUAAUGAGAUAGCUGACCGACUAGCGAGACAGGCACUGCUAGCCCAAGACUUUGUGCUCGAAAAUGAUAUUUUCGUCAACGAUGCAAUCAGUUACUUUGAAGAGCGCCAAGCUAGUCGGAUAAGUCGCUGGUAUCAGGAGUACGUAAGGCUGAAGGGCAAAUCGUUAAAGCAGUUGAUUGGUGAUAACGAUGAGGAGAGAGAUCCUUACUGUUUUAUGGCGGGAAACUAUACCCAGUAGCAUGAUAAGAGUCUAAAAAUGCUUCGAUAUGAAUCGUUUUAAAACAAAAUUGUCAUAUUUUUAGGACAAAACCAGAUUUGCGCUGCUUGGACAUUGGGCAUUAACUAAGCAGUGUGAGCACAACCAUCGCUGGCAGUGGACUCUGAGCAUGAACGUUAUCGAACGAGGUGAUGCUCUCUAGCUGGCAGUGAAGUCACAUUCAUUAGUAAAAAAUAUUCACAUUCGCUGGUGGUGGCGCUGUACCCAAUGGAAUAAAUUCAAAAACCAUAAGUGAUGCUGAUUUUGCGAAAAUUUUGAGGUGCGCGUGGUCUAUCACUCAUCUGAAGCGUGCAACCGGGACUGUAAGAAUACAAAUACUAUCGCUAAUUUGUGUCUGUCAUUGGUGAUAAUAUUAGUCGUAUAGUGCGAUACACUGUUUCACUUAAGGCUCGCAUGGAGAGUAGAGUGUAAUCUAAAAUCCUCUGCAGUUGUUAUCAAUCUUAGACAUGCUGGAGCUUCAGUAGCAGUUCCUCGCUAGUGCUAUAUAAUUGAUUGUGGAGCUGAAGGGUGUAAACGUUACUCAGUAAGCUUGGUGCAUCGAAAUAGUAAUGUAAUGUGAGUCGCAGGACGCGAUUUGCAGAGAAGUUUGUUUGUGCAAAAAUCAAAUUAUUUUAAUAAGUAACAGUGAAUCUAACAAGCACCAAAAUGGAUGUGGCAUACACGAGCGACAGCUGCGAUAGCGAUUCGCGUGAGCAAAAAAUUGCCGACUUCGGUCACGCCAAUAAGCGCCAUUUAGACGAAGAUUUGUUGCGCAUGUGUAAAACUAAAAAGUUGGUAGAGGAUAUCGAAACCGUACUGUUGAACCAUAACAACUUGUCCGCUGUGCCAACGUCGAUUGCUGAAUUCGGAAACCUGCGCUUGUUGGACCUUAGUAACAAUAAUCUGGUGCAGAUACCGACAGUGAUAACGGAACAAUGCCAGCUGACGACACUGAUAGUUAAGAACAAUCUGCUUAGCAACAGCUCGUUGCCGAAAACGUUCCUGGCGUUGGACAACGGAGGAUGCAGCGGGCUGAAGGAGCUGAACAUGAGCGGGAAUCGCUUCACGCACUUUCCCGAACAAGUGACGGAGUUGAAAUCGCUCAAAUAUCUGUACCUGGGGGGUAAUCAGAUUACGAACGUAUCGAAGGAUAUCUGGAAACUGAGCAACCUGCAACUUCUCUCGCUUGGCGGGAAUCAGAUCGCUGAGAUUCCGGAAACCGUCGGGCUGCUGAAUAAUCUUCACGCUCUCGUACUCUGUGAUAACCUGAUCGAGGCACUACCAAGCUCGAUCGCCCGUUUGGUUCACCUCAAGUCGCUGCUGCUGCACAAGAACCGUCUCAAGCAUCUGCCACGGGAGAUCAUCACGCUGAAAAAUCUUACCGAGCUCAGUCUACGUGACAACCCGCUGGUUGUGCGCUUCGUCAAGGAUAUGACCCUUAAUCCACCCACACUGUUGGAGCUGGCAGCCCGCUCGGUGAAGACCGCCUCAGUGCCAUACGCUCCGGGUGACUUGCCCCGGGCUCUGAUUGAGUAUCUGCAGACGGCCAAUUGUUGUGUUAAUCCCAAUUGCAAAGGGGUAUUCUUCGACAAUCGAGUGGAGCACAUCAAGUUUGUUGACUUUUGCGGAAAAUAUCGUAUUCCUCUGCUGCAGUAUUUGUGUUCUUCAAAAUGUGUUGCCGACACCAAUUCCUCAGACCAAUGCGGAGAGCCUAGCAGCAGCAUGAUGCGAAAGGUUCUGCUCGGAUGAUUUUUGCUAUCUGGUCACGCACAAAUUUGGCAGCUAGCAUAUUGGUACAGGAGAAGAAGUAAAAAAAAGUACUCGUUUGAUAGUAGGGAAUGUGUUCACAGGAACCGUACCGUACAUUUUCGUAAUUAAUUUCAUGUCGAACUAUACAACGUAGCACUAUUUACAAACUGCACACAAGAUGCACGUGUAUACUAACUUUUAUAAAUAAUUUCUAACAACUGAUUAUCGUAACUCGUGAAUAUUGUGAUUGGCUCAUAGAGCUUGAGAGUCUCGGGUUCGUUGAGAAGGGAGUCCGAGAAGUCUAGUGGAGAAUAUAGAUUGGAACGAUCAACCAAUUAA